UUUGUCAGGCAAGCUGUUCAUUUCGAUUUGUGUGUGAAGCAGCCUGCUGCGUUAUGUCGAAGCCGACGGUCGUGCUCGCCUACAGCGGGGGCCUGGACACCUCGUGCAUUCUCGCUUGGCUCAUCGAACAAGGAUACGAUGUGGUCGCCUUCAUGGCAAACCUUGGACAAGACGAAGACUUUGAUGCAGCUCAGACGAAGGCGAAACGCAUCGGAGCCAAGAAGGUAUUGGUGGAGGACCUGCGGCGGGAGUUCGUGGAACAGUUUGUGUUUCCCGCCCUGGCCGCGGGCGCUGUGUACGAGGAGCGCUAUCUACUAGGCACGGCGCUAGCCAGGCCCUGCAUCGGCAGGGCGCUGGCUGAGGCGGCUGCAAGGGAAGGCGCUACCUUCGUGUCGCACGGCGCCACGGGCAAGGGCAACGACCAGAUACGCUUCGAGCUCGCCUGCAGCGCGCUACUACCCAGUGUGCAGACUAUUGCCCCAUGGAGGAUGCCAGAGUUCUACAAUAAAUUCCAAGGACGCCAGGAUCUCUUUCAAUAUGCCAAGGAGCACGGCAUUGAGGUUCCGGUGACGCCGAAGGCACCCUGGAGCAUGGACGCCAACCUCAUGCACGUAAGUUAUGAGUCUGGUAUACUGGAGAACCCUGAAUCACCUGCCCCCGAAGACCUUUACACAAUGACCUGCGAUCCAAGGAAAGCGCCCGAGGAACCUGAGACACUCGAAAUAGAAUUUACUAAUGGUAAACCUGUUAAGGUCACCAACAUCUCCAACGGAACUCAGAAGACAGACUCCCUCGAGUUGUUCCUGUACUUGAAUGAAAUAGGGGGCCGGCAUGGCGUGGGACGUAUUGACAUUGUCGAGAACCGGGUAAUUGGAAUGAAAUCUCGAGGCGUAUACGAGACGCCUGCCGGAACAGUCCUGCGAGCGGCUCAUCUGGACCUCGAAAUCUUCACCAUGGAUAAGGAAGUGCGGAGAAUAAAGCAGGCUCUGUCGCUGGAAUUCUCCCGUCAGGUGUACGGAGGAUUGUGGUACAGCCCCGAAGCGGAGUUCACGAGGAAGUGCAUAGAAUCGUCGCAGAGCUGCGUGACUGGCACGGUGUGCCUGGACCUCUACAAGGGACAGGUCUACAUCAAGGGCCGCCGGGCGCCGAAUUCGCUCUACAAUCAGGAGUUGGUUAGCAUGGAUGUCCAAGGAGAUUAUACCCCAUCCGACGCUGGUGGAUUCAUCAAGAUCCAAGCAUUGAGGCUACGAGAAUGGCAUCGUGUGAAGAAUGCGCACUAAAGACUAACAGUUGUCGACUACACGUUCAUCCACAAUGACGACUUUGAAUUGAAAGCCCGCUGAAACGGCUGAGUCUACCCCAAAAUGACUUGGGAAACUGUUAGCUAUUAGAAAGAAAAAAAAAAUACAAUGAAAGUACUUAAGGAGGACUGCGAA